AUGAGUUCGAAAUUUAUUCAGGAAGCAUUCCAGCGUCACCCCCGACCACAAUGGCCUACAAAAGCUGCACUCCUAAAAGACACAUGGCAGAAGCAAGACGAAAAGAAGAAUCAGACUACUAGCCAACAACUUCCACUCCAACAAUGUAAUCCAUGGACAACGCUAGCGAAACUUGGGGAGUUAGUACAGGCUGGAAAAAGCUACACAGUUGGACUUCAAUGCAAUCGAGUAAUAAUGGUAAGGCAGACCAAGAAGGAGGUUGGCGAAGCUCUCUUGGAGAAGACGAAGCUGCUUCAACAUCGCAACCUCCAUAGCAUCGAGGCAAUCUUCCAAGAGCAGGGCAGCAUCUUCUUCCAGCUUGAGCAUUUGCGAUUUACAUUGGAAGAAAUCCUAAACGUGCAUAUAAGUCUAGAAGAGCACCAAAUCCGAAACCUCGAAGAAUGUGUAUGGCAGACCCUCGAUCUGACCCCUAAUGUAGACCUACAGCAACUUGGGUGCGUAUUGCUGCAAUGUAUGAACGGGCGACCAAGCAAUAUGCUUCAAGAUCCAAACUUUGUAAGGGAACAAAGACAACAGAGCAAGUUUUUUGGUUUAGAACACGGGGAGACAUGGAGUAGCUGUAAGCUGCUAGUUGACUUUCUGGACGACCUGCUUAACGAGGCGAAACCAGCACUGUCAAAGCUCGACCGACCACAUCAGUACGUUUCGGGGCCGUUGGAUCCCUCAAUUCUGCUACCAUUUAUAGAGCUUGUGCCCCUUGAAUGUUUUGCGCUGUGGCGUCCGGCGGUUAACGUGUAAGAUGGGACUAAUUUCAAGGGUU